AUGUCAAAAACAUACGAUACCAUCAUCUUGGGAGCAGGUUGGUCAGGUGCUGUAGCUGCCAGAGAAUUGACCAAAAAGGGACAUUCAGUCUUAGUGUUAGAAGCUAGAGAUAGGAUCGGAGGUAGAGCCAGAACAUGGAUUCAAGGUGAUACUCACAUCGAUUUGGGAUGUAGUUGGAUUCACGGUUACAAUGAAGGAAAUCCAGCUAGAUAUAUAGCGAAAGAAUUAGGUGUUGAAGCUUUCUUGCCUAAUCCAGCUGAAGGUAUAAUCUACGGACCUGAAGGUCCCUUGUCAAGUGAAAAGGCUGCUUCACUCAGAUCGUCAUUAUCAUCCGCUCAAGCGUCUUUCAAAUUACCGCAUCCAUCUCCUCCUUCGUCCGUAUCAUUAGCAUUAGCACUUCUAGGUGCUGAUUCACCAUUAUUUAAAUCCUCUUCGACCGCAUCCUCCGAUCCAUCAACUACUGAUAUAUCAUCGACUUCACCUGCCAACCCUUCCGAGCCAACUCCAACUCCAACUUCGACUACCGCUUCAAAUAUCGAUAAAUCUUUAGCUGAAGGUUUAGCUAGAACAUUAGAAGUUCCGUUAGGACUGAAACUCGAAAAAGCUUCACUCAAAUGGUCAGGAUGGGAAACUACAACUUCUUUCGCUGGAUCUGAUGCGGCUCCAAAAGAUGGAUAUGAAUCACUCGUAAAUAAAGUAUUCAAUUCAUCAAAAGCAGAAAUCAAAUUAUCUUCAAAAGUCACUAACAUAAACAAAUCUCAGGAAGGAAAAAUCGAGGUUGUCACUUCUGAUCAAAGUAAAUAUCUAGGUAAAACGGUAAUUUCAACUAUACCUUUAGGUGUAUUAAAGACCUUGCCCAAAGAAUUCUUUAGUCCAUCAUUACCUGACAAAUUACAAGAGACGAUAACCGGGACUCACGUUGGGGUAUUAGAAAAACUUUUGGUGCAGUAUGAUAAAGCUUGGUGGCCUAAUGGAGAUAAAAUAGGUUCAUACACUUUCUUACCUACUGGUCCUACUCCAACUGAGAAUUCAUCGAUUGAAGAUAUAUUUAACGGUUCAACAUUGAUCACAGCGAAUUUCAACGCUCCUACAUUACCUAAUCCCUCGCCUACGUUAUUAACGUAUUUAUCUGAAACUCCAGCUAAAUUAUUGUUAUCUCAUCCUACUUCAGAAGUCAUCUCUGCAUUCCAUCAAUUCCUAAUCAGACGGUUAGCUCCAAAAGAGAAAUCAAUCAUUGGUGAACCAGUCAAAGGUGAAUUGACAAACUGGUUAACAGACGAAUAUUCUUAUGGUGCGACUACUACCCCGUCGAUAAUUAGUGAAAAUGGUGAAAGAAGUCCAAUGGAUUUCAAGGAAUUAGGUAGACCCGUAUGGGAAGGUAAAUUAGGUUUCGCAGGUGAACACACAGAGAUGGAACAUCGCGGUUCAGUCGCAGGGGCAGUCAUAAGUGGUUUUAGAGAAGCUGAAAGAGUCGAUAGAUUGUUGAAUCUCCUAUAG